AUCUGCUAGCGUGAGGAUCGCAUAUUUUUGCAUAUUUCUCGCGAGUGGCGACCAGUUGAAUAAUCAAAAUAAUAAACGUGCUGAUAAACAUCUGUAUUCACAUGGCUAAUUAACGAACUUGUUCUGAUCUUCUAAAAGCGUGCGCAGCAGACAGCAUCUGUAUCCAGAGUGUCAUAUUUCGAGAAGUGUGUUGAUCAACAGUCUAAAAUAGAGGGUCAGUUAGGCCCUGUUCCUAAUGUCGUUAAAAACGUAGUGAUUUUUUUUAACAAACUAAUGGACUCAUUCGAAACAAGAUUCAGAUUGCAAGAAACAAGAAAUGACAGGAGCGUUCCAUGUUUUGACUUUGCUGGUCACUCUGGCAGUUAUUAGCACCGGUGAAGCACAAUAUCUGGAGUCCCCAUGCCCGAACGUAUUCACCUACCAGGUUGAUCCUGGGACCAAUCAGAUUUUCGGUUACAUAGAAGUUAGCAACAUACAAAUCGGACAGGCGGCAAAGUUGAACGUUGAUUUGUCCAUCGGAACGCAACUUCCACCGGAUAACGUCGGAUCCAUCACGUUGGUGAAAUCUCGUGAAGCUACCUUCAAUGACAUCGUCCGAGGUCUGCCAGCCCAGUAUCGGGUCAAUUUUCCUCUGCAGAAUCUACUUCCUACCGUUCUAUCCAUUUCACUGAAUGGACAAACGCUCUGCUCCGGCUAUCGUGCUCAUGGACGGGUCAUAACCACUAUCAACUUGGAGCACAUGUUGUACACACAGCUGCAGCCACAGAACAUGCCACCCGGUAUGAACGGCUUCGGGUUCCAUCGGCCCCUGGUUACAAACUCAGUACCAUUCCAACCUCAGCAUCAUCCACAAUCGAAUGUUGUUCCUCAGACGCAACCUCAAGCACAACCGCCCAUUCAAAAUCGGCCACAGUGGAACGUUGAACCUCAACCUACGCGGCCACAAGUUUAUCCAACAAGACCCAUCGUUACGCGGCCUGUGCUACGACCACAAACCACCACUUCGUCGAAUGCAGUAAGAACAACUCCAGCGCCUCAAUCGUUAUCAUCUUCGAACCGUGUUUGCGGAAAGCCAGCCAAAUCCUUCCUGAACAAACUUUCAUUCAAUGGUGAAUUGACGGAGAAGGGACAGUUUCCCUGGAUCGUACCUUUAUUUGACCGUACAGACCGACGAGAUCCUAAAUACUUUUGUGGCAGUACGAUUAUCACCAGGAGGCAUCUCCUCACGUCCGCCAAGUGCGUCUACUACUUGGGAGAACUGCUCAGUCCCGAGCGGAUACUUGCCAUGCCCGGAAUGUACAACAUUGACAAUUUCUUCGACGAUAACGCAGAAUUUGCCGACAUCGAAUCGGUGAUUCCGCAUGAAGAGUACGUAGCGGACGAUGAUUUGAGCGAUUCCAACGUGGCGGUGUUACGUUUGAAGAAAUCGUUGGAGUACUCCAACUACAUAAUUCCCAUCUGCGCCUGGCGAGGUGACAACGACUUAGCGAGUAUUGUCGGUGAAGAUGGCGUGAUGGCUGGCUGGGGUGUUACGGAAACGGGCUCUACUUCGGUGGCAACGUACAUCAAAAUGACGGUUGUCGAUGGGAAACAGUGCAGCGAGAACUGGUCGAGAGCUUACCCAAGCACAGCCAGAAUUUUCUGUGGUGACGGACACGGCUCAACACCAUGCAUUGGAGAUGCCGGAAGCGGAUUGGUACUAAAACGAGGAAAUCAGUACUAUCUUCGUGGGAUACUAUCGAAUGGACAGGUGGACAGCAAUACUCUCAAAUGUGACGUUACGAAGUAUGCGAUUUUCAUCGACAUUGCCCCGUUCCGGUUCUGGCUGAAGAGUGUCACCAGUUAGUGAAAAACAUACUGCAGAUCAUGCCUACACACCCGGAAAUUCGUCUACAGCUAAGGCACUGAAUCAAAGUGUCCAACCCGAGAAGCCUCAUUUGACUGUUUAGGGUACAGUACAGACAUGUGAGACAUUGGUUUCAUUUUUGCUUGAAGUCUUCCGACAGACGACAGGACUUGCUCUACUAUAAUGGUAGUAUCUACCAAACGAGAUUACACUUAAUUUGCAAUUUAUACCGGUCAGCAACAAUUUGUCUAACAAUUCAACGUUUGGCACGAAAAUUUACAAAAGUAAUAUACAACGUUUGGCACAUAAUGAAAUAAUUUAGUUUAUCAAUAGAACAUGAAUUGUUGCAGUUAACUAAUAAAAUGCUAAUAUACAAGAUAUGAAUAA